GACAUCGCGGGGUCAUUUCACGUUUUAUUCGCCAGUCACAGAGCGACCGAAGCACGCAACGAUGGGCCUGGCACGCGCGACGACGACCAACGACAAGAAGGCCAACAACAAGAAGAAGGCUGCCCCCGCGCCCAUCGACUACGCGGCCAUCGAACACCCGUACGUUGUGCUCCUCAAUAAGAAGCUGCGCUCGCUCAAGAAGAAGCAAGAGAAGAUCAAGUCGCUCGAAGAGUCCAUGGUCGGCUCCAACAAGACGCUCAACGAGCAGCAGCUCGAGGUGCUUGCCAACAAGACCCUUGUCGAGAAGAUGUACGCCGAGCUUGAAGCGCUCCGCGUGCUCUUUGUCGAAACGACGAUCCUGCCCGAGGCGUCCGCCAAGGUCGAGACCCCUGCCGACGCGGAGCCCGUCGUUGAAGACGUUGUCGCCGUCGUCGAAGACGUCGCUGAAGUCAAAGAAGAGACGGUGCCCGCUCCGACGGCGCCGGCUGUCGAGACCCACGAUCUUGAAGAGGAGAAGAUGGAGUACGUCGGCGAAAUCUUGAAGCUCCUCCACGCCGUGAGCUUGCACCAAGCUUUGGGCCACGACGUGCCGAUUGCGCUUGACUACUUUGUCAAGGUGCUCAUGGGUGGCACGCGCCCGCCUGCCGAGGUUGCGUUCAAGGAGAACCUUGCUGAGUCCAUGGUUGAAGCGAAGCGCUACUUGACCCAGAGCGAGAAGGUUCUCGUUUGCGAUAUGUCGUACCACGACUUGCGCGAAGCCGUCGACCGUCUUGUGAACCCUGUCCGUGUCGCCGAGCCGGUUGUUGAAGCACCUCAGAUCAACUUCUUCGCCGAGCCGGACGUUGUGAUCGAUGUGCCUGUCGCCGACGCAACCCCCGUGGUCGCGGACGACGUCACAACUCCUCAAGACGGCCAAGUUUCCGUGCCCGAAGAGUCUACGGCACCGGUUAAGUCGUUUGCGGCCGCGGCCUGUGGCAAGCGCCCCAGCUCUGGCAACCGCCGCAAGAACUCGCCGCGCAACAAUGCUCCGGCAACGGCGCCAUCCGUCGACGCCAGCGCCGCGGAGAAGCCCAAGCAGCCUCGCCGCCAGUACAAGCCGAAGGCGACGACGGAGGCGGCACAGGCCGCAGGUGAAGCGCCCAAGCCCCGCCCUCAGCGCAGCGCCAACAAGCCGUCGAGCAGCAGUCCGUCGCCGACGGGCGAGUCGGCCAAGGGAGGUGCGACCAAGUCGUCGGCGCCCCGGCGCCCGCGCCAGCCGCGCGGCCCCAAGAAGGAGAGCGAGACGCCGUAAAGCGUGCCACGUAAUUUUGGAGUCGUAAUAAUAAUAAUAAAAAGUAAAAUAAAACGUGCA